AUGUCUGAAUUCUUGGAAGGUUCUGGGACCAUUCCCACCAACUACACAUCAGUGGCCCACAAUUCUCCUGUGAACGAGACCUUAAUGGUUUUCCAUAGCUUGCAUCUGGUGCAACGGUUAAAGUUACUGAUCAUUCUAAUGUACACAGGUGUGGUAGUUGUUGGGAUGGUAGGCAACUGCCUUCUAGUUCAUGUCAUCCUGAGUGUGAAGAAGUUGCACAAUGUUACCAACUUCCUCAUUGGGAACCUUGCUCUUUCUGAUGUGGCCAUGUGUGCCACCUGCAUCCCACUCACUCUCGCCUACAUUUUUGAGCCUCGUGGCUGGAUUUUUGGCAGCAGCAUGUGCUACUUUGUGUUCUUCAUGCAGCCGGUCACGGUCUAUGUCUCCAUCUUCACCCUGGCCACCAUUGCUGUGGAUCGGUACAUUGUCAUUGUGCACCCGCUGAGACGCCGUGUGUCUUUGCAGCUCAGUGCCUACAUGGUUCUCUUCAUCUGGAUUCUCUCCUGCUGCUUGGCAUUGCCAGCCAUGGCACACACCUAUUAUGUGGAGCUGGGUCAACAGGGAGUUAUACUGUGUGAAGAGUUCUGGGGGGACCAAGAGCGCCAAAGGCAAACCUAUGCUAUGUGCUUGCUGCUCAUCACCUACCUCUUCCCUUUGCUGGCCAUACUAGUAUCUUACAUCAAGAUCUCUCUCAAGCUAAAGAACAGGGUUAUGCCAGGCAGUGUAACUCAGAAUCAGGCGGAAUGGGAUAGAGCCAGGAGGAAAAAGACCUUUUGUCUCUUGGUUAUAGUAGUGGUAGUCUUUGGGGUGUGCUGGCUUCCCCUUCACACCUUCAACCUUAUUCGGGACAUUAACAUUAGUGCCAUUGAUUCUUACUAUUUCAGUCUGGUCCAACUAUUUUGCCAUUGGUUUGCCAUGAGUUCUGCAUGCUAUAACCCCUUCAUUUAUGCCUGGCUGCAUGAUAGCUUUAGGGAAGAGCUUAAGAAAUUACUUGCCUGGCAUAGAAAAAUAGUUCCUGCUGGGCAAAGUGUAACUGUUAGCGUUGUUAUCUGA